GAAACAACAACUGAAUCGAAUAAAACCUAAAAGGAAAACCAAAUCAACCGGCUGCCAAUGGCAACACAAAAACAAAAAUCAACAAAUUCUCCCAGCAAACAAAAACUGCAUUUCGCUCUUUUGCUCUCUCUCGGCCACUUCUCUCUACGAGAGUUUAGCUCUCUGUCGUUUAACCCGUUUGCUUUUGCGAUUUUCAAAUUCAUUUCAACUUCAAAAGCUAAACGGAAAAGUUCAGCCCGCUAAAAGUGAUCCUUAUAUGAGUGGAAAACAAAACGUUUGACGCGUUAUCAUAGUAGCGCCUGAAAUCGUAUAAACAGAAACAAAAGUUCAACGGCUUUGGCUCGAUUAUAAAUAAGCCAACAAUUAAUUUGUUUAUUUGGCACGUUGAUUGCCCGCAAACGAGUCGCGUGUGAACGGACUAAAUAGAAUUACGGACCAACUGGCUCAUCAAAAACCCAAAGCCAUAUAUAUAAAUAUAUAGCGAGAUUCCACAGAUCGGCGACAAAAUGAACGACCGUGAAUUGAGCUGUGCGGGCGGCCAGUUUAUGGAUCGCGGACGGAUGAACCAGAAUGGAGUUGUCCAGCCUCUGCUCACUGAUUUGUAUCAAAUAACUAUGGCCUAUGCAUAUUGGAAAUCCGAUAAGACCGAUGACACAGCGGUCUUCGAUCUGUUCUUUCGCAACAAUCCAUUCCACGGUGAAUUCACGAUUUUCGCCGGGCUCGAGGAGUGCCUCAAAUUCCUGGAUAGCUUCCACUAUUCCCAAAGCGAUAUCGAAUACCUGAAGCAAACACUGCCCGAGGGCAUCGAGCACGAGUUUUUUGAGUACCUCGGCAAUCUGACGGCGCGGGAUGUCACCUUGUAUGCCAUUGAUGAGGGCACAGUAGCCUUUCCACGAGUUCCCAUCAUUAAGAUUGAGGGACCUUUGAUCAUCGUCCAGCUGCUGGAGACGACUCUUCUCACCUUGGUGAACUAUGCCAGCUUAAUGGCCACCAAUGCAGCCCGCUAUCGCAUGGUAGCUGGCAAACAUGUCAAGCUAUUGGAAUUUGGACUGCGUCGUGCUCAGGGACCAGAUGGCGGUCUAUCCGCAUCGAAAUAUUCUUACACAGGUGGCUUCGAUGGCACCUCCAACGUGCUGGCCGGAAAGCUCUUCAACAUCCCCGUUAAAGGAACCCAUGCCCAUGCAUACAUUACCAGUUUCAGUAGCAUUGGAGAGCUCAAGACCCGUCUAAUCAAGCACAAGCAAACAGGCAUCAUGGAGGAUCUUCUGGAGCACGCCGUUAGGCACCGCGCGAUGUUGUCCCAUCUCUUAGACGUAUCCACUGAGGAAUCCAGCGAGGGAGAGCUGGCGGCGAUGGUGUCAUAUGCCAUCGCAUUCCCUGAUGGAUUCAUGGCCCUUGUCGAUACGUACGAUGUUAAGAGCCGAGAAACAGAGCAAGGCCACACAGAACCCAAGCUUAUCAAUGAUAACAGUCCGCCAAAAGCAAAGCCAUCGACCAAUAGCCACCAGAAUGGCCAGAGUAAUGGCCAAACGAAUGGCCACAAGACCAAUGGCCAUCAGAAUGGUGUUGCUCAGAACGGCAGUAUGUCGCCCAAGCCAAAAGAUACAAAGAUACAUGAAACUAAAACCAGCACAACAACUGCGACAACUGCAACUGCAACAGCAACUCCAAAGACAACAACAGUGUUCAAUGGGACUGCAUACCUUCCAAAAUAUGUCGAGAAGUCAUUCAGGAGCGGCCUGCUGAAUUUCAGUGCCGUGGCCUUGGCCCUGAAUGACCUGGGUUACCAUGCUCUGGGCAUUAGGAUCGACUCUGGGGAUCUAGCCUACCUUUCCUGCCUGGCUAGAGAAACCUUCGAGAAGGUGGCGGAGCGGUUCAAGGUCCCAUGGUUCAACAAGCUGACCAUUGUGGCAUCGAACGACAUCAAUGAGGACACAAUCCUGAGCCUGAAUGAGCAGGGACACAAGAUUGACUGCUUUGGCAUUGGCACGCAUUUGGUUACCUGCCAGCGACAGCCCGCCCUUGGAUGUGUGUACAAGCUGGUAGAGAUUAACGGCCAGCCGAGGAUCAAGCUGAGCCAGGACGUGGAGAAGGUGACUAUGCCGGGCAACAAGAAUGCCUACCGGCUGUAUAGCGCCGAUGGCCACGCGUUGAUUGACCUGCUCCAGAAGGUGUCGGAGCCACCGCCAGCGGUGGGUCAGAAGGUCCUGUGCCGCCAUCCCUUCCAGGAGUCGAAACGCGCCUAUGUAAUACCCUCGCAUGUGGAAUCGCUGUACAAGGUGUACUGGAAGUCGGGCAAGAUCUGCCAGCAGUUGCCAACUUUGGAGCAGGUUCGGGAGAAGGUACAAAUCUCACUGAAGACGCUGCGCAAUGAUCACAAGCGCACGCUCAACCCCACGCCCUACAAAGUGGCCGUCAGCGAUAACCUAUACAACUUCAUACAUGAUCUGUGGCUGCAGAAUGCUCCCAUUGGAGAGCUCUCAUGAUCUAUAUAAGGAGGAUCUUACGAUCUAUAUAUGAAGAUGCGCGAAAACAUUUCCGAGAAAUUAACUUUUAUUUGGUGUACGAUUUUCUGUUGGCCGCGAUCUUCGGGUCGUGGUGGAAUUUUUAGUCAUUUGCUGGUCAUAUGCAUUGUAGAAUUGGAAUUUGUUCGUCCCACGAAGAUAUUCCCCAAACAAUAUGGAGCACAAAUUCCAACGCAAACUUGCGAGUGAAUUUCAAAUCUUUGUGUAGUCAAUAGUUUUAACGUGUUAUAUCUAAUAUUUACUGCUAUGAAAACGCACAUCAUAUUCAGGAAUGUGUCAUGUGCCUUAAAGGAGAAGCGGAAGCGAAAACCGAAUCAGGAAGCAGGAUGCAAAGGAAACAGAAAUCCAAACGAGUAACUAAGAUCAACCAAAAAUCUGAGCGGAUUAAAGAUGUCUUUAAUAUUUUUCUAGUACUUAAGUGUUGAAAUGUUGCUAACGAAGAAUGCAAAUUAGAAGUACAAAUGCUUUUUAGGACAUUUGCACGCAAUAGGGCACACAUCAAGCACACACCUAACCUUAUACAUAUAUAACUUUACAUACUACGUUUAUGUAUUUAACUAAAUUCAAUUGUACAUAUGUUCACCUGGAUAGUUGUAAGCCAAUUAAGCAAUACAACCACACCCAACACACACCGCCACCUUAAAUUGACCGCUUCUUAAAAAUGUUUGCCUGUAGUUUUGAUUGAAAAUAAAGAAUGAAAGAGAGCAGGAAAAA